UUGUAAGAACCAAAGGUUCUGUUCCAACUCAUUUUCAGAUUUCCGGUUCAAAAAUCCCAAACCUCCAUCGCGUAUAGGCGUUACAAGCUUGCAGCGUAGGUGUAGGCCGAAGAAGAGACAACCUAAACUCCUCACUGUGUCAACACUCGCACCAGUGUGAGCGAAGAAGUUGAAGAUGAGGAAGCGCGAUCUAGCUAUUCUAAUGCUCUCUGCUUUCUCCAUCUUCUUCUCUCUUCAGCAUGAAGGUGAUUUUUCAUUCAGAGAGGCGUGGUUUCAUCUCUCCGACGAAUAUCCUAUCAAAUAUGAGGCGGAUCGUCUUCCUCUGCCUAUUGUGUCUGAUCUCAAUGGAGAUGGCAGAAAAGAGGUCCUCAUUGCUACACACGAUGCUAAAAUCCAGGUCUUAGAACCGCAUGCUAGGAGAGUGGAUGAAGGGUUUAGUGAAGCACGUGUGCUUGCGGAGGUGUCCCUUUUGCCUGAUAAAGUUCGUAUUACAUCAGGAAGACGUGCUGUGGCAAUGGCCACUGGCGUUAUAGAUAGGAAUUACAACCCCAGGGAACCUCGGAAAGAGGUUUUGGUUGUUGUUACAUCGGGUUGGUCUGUAAUGUGUUUUGAUCACAACCUCAAAAAGCUAUGGGAGGUGAACCUUCAGGAGGAUUUUCCACAUAACGCUCAUCAUAGAGAAAUUGGAAUCUCAAUUAGUAAUUAUACCAUUAGGCAUGGAGAUUCUGGAUUGGUGAUUAUAGGUGGAAGAAUGGAAAUUCAGCCUCAUAUGCAUAUGGAUCCAUUUGAAGAAAUUGAAAUAGCAGAGAAAACUGCAGAGCAACACCGCAGGAGUGCCACAGAGGGUGAAGCUUCUGAAAGUUCUGGGACAGUUGAUUUGCGUCAUUUUGUAUUUUAUGCAUUUGCUGGUCGAACUGGGGAAAUUCGAUGGAGCAGAAAGUCAGAGAGUGUCCAAGCGCAGUCAUCUGAGGAAUCUCUUAUAAUUCCACAGCACAACUACAAGUUGGAUGCUCAUGCUUUAAACACUCGUCAUCCUGGAGAGUUUGAAUGUAGGGAAUUCAGAGAAUCCAUUCUUGGAGUAAUGCCACAUCGCUGGGAUCGUCGAGAAGACACUUUAUUAAAGUUGGCACACUUCCAGAAGCACAAAAGGAAAAUAUUGAAGAAAAUGCCUGGCAAGAGCACCAACAGUAAUCCUCUUCACAAGCCUUCAGAAAACCACCCCCCUGGUAAGGACACCACUAAAAGGAUCUCAAAUAUGAUUGGGAAGGCUGUGAACUAUGCAAAGUCUUCAAAAAUCAAGAAGCCCUUAACUUACAUACCCACAAUCACAAACUAUACUCAACUAUGGUGGGUACCUAAUGUCGUUGUUGCUCAUGAAAAGGAAGGGAUAGAAGCUAUUCAUCUGGCAUCUGGUCGCACUGUUUGUAAGCUUCACCUUCAAGAAGGUGGUCUGCAUGCUGAUAUAAAUGGAGAUGGGGUUUUAGAUCAUAUCCAGGCUGUGGGAGGGAAUGGAGCUGAACAGACAACUAUCAGUGGAUCCAUGGAGGUUCUGCGCCCCUGUUGGGCUGUUGCAACAUCUGGUGUGCCGGUGCGAGAACAACUUUUUAAUGCUUCUAUUUGUCGUCACUCUCCUUUUAACUUAUUCCAGCAUGCGGAAUUCACCAGAAGUAUAGGUCAACAUUUUGAUGCAAGUUUCUUGGAGGUUGCAACACCUAUUCUUAUUCAGAGGAAUGAUGGUCAUCAGCAUCGUAAGGGAAGCCACGGGGAUGUGAUCUUUCUAACAAAUCGUGGCGAGGUGACUUGUUAUUCACCUGGCUUGCACGGACAUGAUGCAGUCUGGAAUUGGCAGCUAUUGACUGGUGCAACAUGGUCAAACCUUCCAUCUCCAUUGGGGAUGAUGGAAGGUGGCAUGGUGGUCCCUACUCUGAAGGCAUUCUCAUUACGUGUGCAUGGCGAUAAUCAACCACUGAUCCUUGCAGCAGGAGAUCAAGAAGCCAUAGUCAUAUCUCCUGGAGGAAGUAUACUAACAACCAUUGAACUCCCCGCUCCUCCCACCCAUGCAUUGGUCACUGAAGACUUCUCCAAUGAUGGGCUAACUGAUCUCAUCAUUGUUACAUCUAAUGGUGUUUAUGGGUUUGUUCAAACCAGACAACCUGGUGCACUUUUCUUUAGCACAUUGGUUGGUUGCCUUAUCAUUGUCAUGGGAGUGCUAUUUGUCUCUCAGCAUCUAAAUUCAAUGAAGGGAAAGCCUCGAGUUUUAUCUGGUCAAUUCUAGCAAAAACUCAUGAUUGUGCAUGCAAGCAAAUGUUUAUUUCUCAUGGCCGCAGGAAAAAGUUGUGGAAAAGAUAAUUCUGUAAAGCCGCUAGCUGACAGGGCAAACCAUAUCAAACCCGGGAGGAUCGAUGAAAGUGAGUUUAGUGCUACUUGUAGGCAGGCACUGUGCUGAACCCCUGACAAUAACGUAUACAUAUACUAUCAGUAUACAUUGAAUUUUGUGCAAUUCGACAUGAAAUGAGAUUAUUUGUGAGGCAAAACUGCAUUGUUGCACUUGGCUUAAAAGUAGAAAUCUGGAUUGGGGGAUUCACACUUGGGGAUCAAUUCGAACUACUGAGAUGACUAAUUUUCCUAAUGCAUAACCAAUGUUCU